AGAGCCGAGCAGCAGUUCUUUUCCCUCUGCCAUGCUGCCCAUGUGGGAGAUGUGGACACUGUCAGGAUCUUGCUGCGGCAGGGAGCCAACAUCGACGAGAAAAACUAUGACGGCAGGACUGUGCUACACAUCGCCUGCGCUGAAGGAAACUACCGCAUGGUAGAGGUACUUCUCAACCAUGGAGCAGACAAGAACAUCAAGGAUCGCUGGGGCAACACGCCACUGCAGGAGGCCAUCUCCCACAAGCAGACCCUCAUCGUGGGGCUUCUC